AUGGACUGUGGGGGAGAUGGGGGCCGGGGAGCAAGCAGGGAUUUUGGAGGCUCUUACAGGAAUCUGGGAGAGGUGAUGGUGGUUUGGAGUAUUUCGCCGGGGACUUCUCCAGGCCCCGCGCGGGUAAAGGCGCAGGAGCGGGUCACCUGCCGGCGAGGUACGAGGGCCUCGGCUCUGGGCCGCUGGGUAGCGCUCCGCCCGGCGGGCGUCCUGGAGGUGGCGGCGCGGGCCGGCAGGCGGGGCCGGGGGAAGGGGAGGGCUCGGCGAGCGUCGGGCGGUGACGGCAGCGCGGAGGGGAGGUGCGAAGCGCCCGCCCGCCGAGAGCCAUGGCGAGAGGCCGCGCCGCGGCGCUCGCAUCAGUGCCCCGGUCCACAGCAGCGCCCCCACCCGCCGCCCCGGGGCCCACCCGGCCGCCGUCCCCGCGCACCCAGAGCCCCUGACGGCCGCGCGCUACGCGCGAGACUCCCUAGGAGAGCGGCCGCGCGCGGGAGGGCGGCGCGGGAGGGAGCGCUGGGGAGCCCGAGCGCCCCGACGAGCCCCGCGUCCGGAACCUCGGACUCCGAGCCCGGGAGCUCAGAGUCGGCGGGCGGGCAGCAGAAGGAGGAGGAGGCGCCCCAGCCGAGCCCGUUGCGUGCGCGCCCCGGUGCCGCCCGGCCGGCUGCUGCGGAGGGAACCGGAGCCGCCGGGCGGCCGGGACUCGGCCGAGGACAACGAAGAGGAGGCAGCCAGGAGAGCCGAGCGCCCGGGCAGCCCCGCGCCGGAGGCCCCCGGGAUCGCGCCUGCUACGGGGCCGCGCUUCGUGCGCCUCUCGAGGGCUCCGGACGCGCAGGCUCAGCGGCCAUGGCUCACGGCACGAACCCGUGUCCCCUGCAUCGGCAGGCGGACUCUCAACCACUGCGCCACCAGGGAAGCCCCACUGUUGUGCUUUUGCCUUCUGAGAUGGCCCACACUCUGUCUUUGGAGUUUGUUUCUAAAUAAAUCCGCUUCUAACCUAUCACUUUGUCUGUCACUGAAUUCUUUCUGCGAUGAGACA